AUGACUUUUGCAAGGUCAUUGGCCAUCAAAGCAGUGCAGGAGCAGGCCAACCGCGAUGCACACGAUGUUUCGACUAGCGAGCGCUGGGUGACCUCCCAGGUGGCCAGCAUCAAGUCGACGUGCGUCGCCGCCAGCAAGCGCUGUGAAUUCUCCGUCGAGAUCUUAACAGACAGCUUGCCGUUCCUAUAUCAGCAAGAAGGCCAGAAGAAGCUCCUGAAGGAACUUCAAGCUCGCUUGGGACAGCUUGGCUUUGCCAAGCUACGAGUCUCUCAAGAGUUCUCUGGUGAAGAUGCCGGAAAAGUCCGUGUUUCCGUGUCCUGGGCUGGCCUGGAGUCUUCGGAGCCUUCGCCCACGUGCUGCAAGUGCUUCGCCUUCUUGUGGACUCUGCCCAUGCUGCUCACCAAAGGAUUCCUCCAGACCCAGACUCAGAAGCGGUUCGCCAGCCCGCUGAAGCUCCCGCUGAAGUCGCACAAUGCGGAGAGGAGUUGCCGACCCUGGAACGUGGCGGAGCUGUCCUGCUGA